UCAAGGCGCCCGCAGAGUCCCAGCCGCAGAAAAACAAAACCCCGUAUAUGAAUAAAAGUCACAUUUUGCCGCUAUAUACCGCCUGCAAUUUGAUUUUCUAUGCUGGACAACACGAUUCCGGACAAUAUUUGAGGGUUUUCGACGCUCUUUGUGGCCUUUCAGACGAUGUUGUUUAUCUGUAGUAAGGGGGGGCUUGAAACUCCCUCUUUCCCUUGCCCCAUUUCCUCGGUUGUUUUCCUUCUCUCGCCUGGAUUCUCCAUGUUGUUGCUGCAAAAGUGAGGACUUCGCCGCGACGGGAGAGGGGGGCUGCUCGGCGAUAUCACCGCUAAUAGUAGCGUCCACACCCGGAAAAACGGAGCCUACGCCGUGUCGGGUCGCCUCCAGAAACAUUUCCAAGUGCCUUACCCCCUCCCCGGGCAGGAGGCUACCGACGGAAGAAGCAGAAGCGGUGGGAGAAGAAAGAAAACCAGGAACUAGAUAAAUCCUGCCGUCCCCGAGGAUUGUGACUGAGGCGUUUGACAAGUUACCUCGGUGAAUACAAAAGUCUACUUGUCAAUAAAUCCCAAUGAGGGAUGCCCAUCAGUUCUCGGGGACAGGAUUUGAGGAUUUUGAGGGCUCCGUGAUUGUCAGAUGGAAAGUUCUGUUAUCACCCAAGUGCAGAAAGAAGACGUUCAAGUGUCACCGAAAGCAGGCCAGGUGAGCCGCUCUGCCCUCAAACAGCCGCGGAGCUGUAACAUCUUCAAAGCCCUCUUCUGCUGCCUCCAAGCUCAGGAUGGCCCCAAACCACCGCCACCACUGCCACCGCCUUCCCAGCAGCCCUUGCUGGAGUCGCAGGAAAAUGGGACGGUUGUCAAGCAGUAUGAAGCCAGCCUCCUGCCGGAGGUGAACGCCCAGGACCAAGGGAAGAUCUGUGUGGUCAUAGACCUGGAUGAGACCCUGGUGCACAGUUCUUUCAAGCCGAUAAGUAACGCAGACUUCAUCGUGCCAGUGGAGAUAGAGGGGACCACUCAUCAGGUGUAUGUGCUGAAGAGGCCGUACGUGGACGAGUUCCUGCGCAGAAUGGGAGAGUUGUUUGAAUGUGUGCUGUUUACAGCCAGCCUCGCUAAGUACGCAGACCCGGUGACAGACCUGCUGGAUCAGUGCGGAGUAUUCCGGGCCCGGCUAUUCCGGGAAUCUUGUGUGUUCCACCAGGGCUGCUACGUGAAAGACUUGAGCCGCCUGGGCAGAGACCUCCACAAAACCCUCAUCCUGGAUAACUCUCCUGCCUCCUACAUCUUCCACCCUAAUAAUGCUGUUCCAGUGGUGUCAUGGUUUGACGACGUGGACGAUGCUGAACUACUCAACCUCCUGCCCGUGUUCGAGGAGCUCAGCCAAGCGGAUGACGUUUACACCCAGCUGGACCAGCUCCGUAGACAAUAGCUUCACCUUCACCUGCUCGGCCGCUGCUGGAGCUCAUGCGACCGUUUUCCAAGCAGCGCUCAGAAUUACUCGUUUAGAGAACCGUACUGGCGUGUGGGUGAAGGUAUUCCAGCCUCGGAAAAACCCAGCGAUGUUUGGCAGCCACCUUCUGAAAGCACUACAAACUAAAGUGGUAAACAAUAGCCAAAGCAAUCCCAGACAGUCACUCCUCUCAGUGUGAACAUCAAGGUGGGUUUUUAUUUUGCCAAAGCAGAAACCUGCCUGCCCUAACUUGACUUUUGGAGUUUCUUUCAUUUCUUUCUUUUUUGUGCCUUUUAAGCAACAACAAUAAGAAAACAUCAGCUCCACUCGGUUUUAUACAUUCAGUGGUUUCUUUUUGUAAAGAAAUCUAUUUUUAACGGUGAGCAUGGUUCCUCUAUGCAACACAGCUGUGGAAUGACACUUCCUGUACAGUUGAAGAUGACAUUCAGCACAAGGAAACCUUACUGUAGCCUUUUUCCUGUUUUUCUACAUGUUUUUUUUCUCUCAAAAUAAUUUCUCAAACAAAUUGUGCUUGAUUGGGUGGUCAUAAAUUAAAAUGGUCUCUUUCUCGGAGAACAGACACUGGAUAUGUUGGCACAUAUACCAUAAAAAUUACUUUUUUUUCAUUUAAAUUUCAUUUAUGUUUGACACACAACGUGCACUUGUAUGAUACGGACAGUGCUGAAAGUAACAACUGUGCCUUUUAAUAAUUGGGACAGAGAAUGAUCUUCUGCCUGAUCUGAGAUUUUGUAGGCCUACACACACACUCAUGUGCCAUGCUGAGCAUGAUUGACACUGUCAGGAGUGAGUGGAAAGCCAGGGGCUGUGGUACUUGCAGUGCAACACUUGAAACUAUCCGAUUUGAUAUUUUUACCAUGAAUGAGUGCUUUGUUUUUCUAUAUUUAUUGGCCAAAAAAUUUGUAUUGUCCUGUACUUUUUAAAUGCUCAACAUUUUGUAUUGUAGUCCACUCUGCCUGCGACGAGGCUGGCCUUUUGUUCGACUGUCUACCGGUGCCUAAAUAACACAUCCUGCUGGACAAUUCUGAAGGACAAUUUGCUAACUUGUGCGCUCAAAUCUGCAAUCAGAUGAGAAGACAUACAAUUCUGUUCAGAAGGGUUGGUGGGCUUGUUUCUUUGGUAGUGUGCUUUUCUACAGAUGUUUGUGUCAUACAGUUAUCGCCUGCAUGUUGACUGCUGAAACAUGACGAGGAAAGUCGGUUGGAAUGACCAAAAGUAUUUUUUCUUUUUCUUUGUAUGUUGCAUAAAAGUAAUAAUGAAAAAAAACUCAUUUUGUAUAUCAAAUCUGACCAAAACCCUAAAACGUUACUUCUAAUUUUCAUUUUGAAAUAAAAUGUCAUUAUAUUUUA